AGAAAAAAAAAAAACCCCAAAACAACAGAAAAGCUCAGGUUCUUUGUGGGAGAAGUUGUAAUGGGAUUCAGAGAAGCCGUUUUGUUAGUGUUUGUGCUUUUCCUCUUUGGGGGAAAUUCCUGUGCUGCCACACAAAACUGGUCAAACUCGACCACUAAUGACACUCUGAACCAAAUCCCACAGGAGCAAGAGGCAGCAAGCUUACAGCUGCCGAGAUCGCUGCAGGCAGAUGAUGGUGGGUCAAACUGGACGCAGCCCGGCGGUCCGGUCCGCUCCUUCGUCACCUACCGGCUCACCGUCCACCAGCUCAGGAAGCAAGCGUCGGCCCGGCCUCUCGAGGAUGCUUCUCUGAGCCCGCAUGUAUCGGAGGCCGACGUCCUGGCUCACGAGGAGCAGGUGGAGCCAGAGUCGACUGUGCCACCUCAAGAGUUGGUAAAGCUUGUUCAAGGCCCAGAUCUGAACCCACCUGUCGAGCCGGAAUCAAAGGUGCAGCCUCGGAUGUUUCAGCAGCGGGGGCCCGUGGCAGCCGCCAGCGUGGUGGCACGCUGUGGCGAAGGAGAGGUCGCCGUAGAGGUCAAACAGAACUUCUUAGGAAACGGCCAGUUGAUCCGUCCAAGCGAUCUGACCCUCGGAGGCUGCGCCGCUCUAGACGCCGACGACCACAUCCACUUCCAGUCGGAGUUACAGGACUGCGGCAGCACAAUGAGGAUGACUGAAGAAACCCUCAUCUACUCCUUUUCUCUGAUCUACUCUCCCAUUCCUAUUGGCAACACCUUCAUUUUUAAGACCAACCCUGCUGAAGUGGUAAUUGAAUGCCACUAUCAAAGGAAGCUUUACGUGAGCAGCGGCCCCUUGAGGCCUACCUGGACGCUGUUCGCCUCCAGCAUGUUGGCGCAGCAGCAGCUGCACUUCUCCCUGCGUUUCAUGACAGAAGACUGGCAGUCGCAGAGGCCUUCCAGAGUUUACCUCGUGAGUGAAGUGAUGCAGAUUGAGGCGGCGGGCCGCCAGGGCCACCACGUUCCGCUGAGGGUCCACGUGGACAGCUGCGUGGCAACCGUGAGCCCGGACCCCAACUCUCAGCCCGCAUACCCCUUCAUCAGCAACCACGGGUGUUUGAGUGACGCUAAGAUGACGGGAGCCAAGUCUUACUUCAUGCAGAGGCGCCAGGAAGAUAAACUUCACUUCCAGCUGAAAGCCUUCAGCUUCCCCCACGAUCACAGGAAUUCAUUCUACAUCACAUGUCUCCUGAAAGCAACGCAAGUCUCCAAGCCCAUCGACUUGCAAAACAAAGCAUGUUCCUUCUUGACUGAAGCUAACAGAUGGGUGGCGUCAGGUGGAGACAACGCGGUGUGUGGUUGCUGUGAGACCAGCUGCAGCGAGCAGAGACAGAAAAGAAGCCUCGCAGCAGAUGUCGAGCCGCAGAGGGAGGGGACGGUGGCUCAGGGCCCCAUCCUGCUGGAGGAGCUGACCGAGCUCCAGACUCAAGCAGCCUCCCGUCAGUCGACGGCCCUGCUGUGUGGAGUGUGUGCGUCGCUGGCCGCGCUGCUGCUGGCUUUCAUGGGGGCCUCCAUUUGCGGCAGAUGCUACAAACCCACUGGACACUUUGUUUGCACCUGA